AUGGAAACUUUAUUGACGUUGUGCAUUGCAACAGUGACAGUUCUGGGACUUUUUGGAAAGAAAUCGAAAAACAACUGUGAUAGCAUAAAUGGAAGCAGAUGUUGCUCUGGGUACAUGUGGGAUUCCUUGAAAGGACAGUGCAUAAUUUGUAAAGAAGGAUAUACAGGAAUACACUGUUCAAUUGCAUGUCCUUUACCUUCAUAUGGACUGAACUGUCAGUCGACAUGUAGUUGUACUGAUGAAGACUGUAAUUAUGUCACCGGAUGUAAAUAUCAUGCUGGAGAUUUGUUAAAUCAUACAACAGACAAAUCAUCAAGAUUCAACAAAUCAGUCUCCAAUAUUCCAAACAUUACUCCAAAACGUGAACCAUCUGCCAACAAUCGUUUCUUUUUAUUUUCAAUUAUUGUAGUUAUUGCAGUGCUAAUCAUCAUAUUUGUUAUUUUCCUUUACACUCAGCUAUUUGAAAAGCGACGAGUUGUCGCUAAUUUGUGA